AUGUCGAGAUCAAUCCAACUCAAGGAAGAAGGCAACCGCCAUUUCCAACAGGGCGACUAUGCCGGCGCCGAGGCGCUGUACUCGAAAGCCAUCAUCGCCGAUCCCAAGAACCCUGCGCUCUACACCAACCGUGCCAUGGCGCGUCUCAAGCUCGAAAUCUGGGACGCCGUCGUCUCCGACUGCGAAUCCUGCCUCGGCCUGACCCCCGACAACCUCAAGGCCCACUACUACCUCUCCCAGGCCCAGCUCGCCCUCAAGGACUACGACUCGGCCCUCACGAACGCCCUGAAGGCCCACCACCUGUGUGUCCAGACCGGCGACAAGUCUCUGGCCGCCAUCACGGCACAGGUCCUGCGGUCGAAGAAGGAGCGGUGGGACUGGAUGGAGAAGCGACGCACCCGGGAGGCGCGCCAUCUGGAAAACGAGGUCGUCGAGAUGAUGGAGAAGGAGCGCGAGCAGGCCGUCGCGAGCGCCAUGGACGACGGGGAGAAGAGGGAGAUCGAGGCCGAGUGGGAGCAGAAGAUCGAGAUGCUGAGGAACACCUUUGAGAAGAGCCGAUCGUCCGAGGAGAAGAGGCGCGAGGUCCCGGAGUGGGCCAUUGACGACAUCAGCUUUGGCGUCAUGGUCGACCCAGUCAUUACCAAAACCGGAAAGUCGUAUGAGAGGGCAUCCAUCAUGGAGCACCUGCGCCGCCACCCCAGCGACCCCCUCACCCGUGAACCCCUGCUCCCGUCGGAGCUCCGGCCCAAUCUUGGUCUGAGGCAUGCUUGCGAAGAGUUCCUUGAGCAGAACGGCUGGGCCGUGGACUGGUAG